AUGGCUACCUCCAAUUCCAGAACUAAGUGCUCUCUGUCCUUGUUCUUCUUCUGCAUCAUUAUUUUUCAUGUUAUCAUACCACAUGCAACACCCCUCUCCUUCAGCUUCACCUUUUCCGAUCCCGAAACUUAUGGGUCGAAUAUCAAGUUUCAGUCCGACGCUUCCUCGAACGGUACCGUCAUCAAUCUUACGAAGGACACGCGCGGCGGUCCCGUCACCAACAGCCAAGGCCGAGCGGUGUACAGCAAUCCGGUUCUUCUUUGGGACAACGUCACCGGCGAGGUGGCUAGUUUUCACACUGGCUUCUCUUUCGUCAUCCAAGCCACGGACACAAGCGCCUACGGGGACGGGCUAGCUUUCUUCCUCUCCCCUUCCCCGUCGGUGGUCCCUAGUUUCGACUGUGGCGGCUACCUCGGCCUCUUUGACGGUACAACCGCUCUGAACGCGACGCAGAAUCAGUUGGUGGCGGUCGAGUUCGACACCCUCAAGGAUGAAUGGGAUCCGAGCGACUGUCACGUUGGUAUUGAUAUCAAUUCCAUCAACUCUACGGCGUAUGAGGACUUGCCGAAUAUCACCAAAAGCGGCACCCGUGCGACUGCGUCAAUCGACUACGAUAGCACUAUGAAAAAUCUGAGUGUGUUGCUUUCUUACGAUGGUAAUCCGAACUACACUAAAUCUUUCAGCCUCUCUUGCCUUGUUGAUUUGAAGGCAAUACUUCCCCAAGAGGUGAUCGUUGGCUUCUCAGCUGCCAGCAGCGCCGUCGAGCUGCAUCAGAUCCUGUACUGGAAUUCAACUCAACUUUCGAAAGGAAGAGUAAUCGUACGAUUACGAGCCCACCAACACAACCGGCCCCUCCGUCAUCAACUUACUCUGGCAGAAGUAAUGUCGGAUUUGGUUGCGGCAAUUUGUUGGUUUCUUUCAUCACGUAAGAAGGCCACUGUGGCAGCGGAAGAAGAAGGCGACAUGGACGACGCUGAUGAUCCGAUCGACAAUGAGUUCGAGAAAGGUAGGGGACCCCAGAGGUUUCCUUACAGCGAAUUGGUUGCCGCAGCGAACAACUUCGGUGAGGCAGAGAAGCUUGGGCAGGGAGGCUUUGGUUUCGUGUACAAAGGGUUCCUGAGGUCCGCAAACCUUCCCGUAGCCAUCAAAAGAAUCUCCAAGGGGUCGGAACAAGGACUAAAGGAGUACACAUCCGAGAUCAACACGAUAAGCCGACUGCGGCAUCGGAAUCUAGUGCAGCUCAUAGGCUGGUGCCACAGACGCGGAGAUUUCUUGCUGGUCUACGAGUUGAUGCCCAACGGAAGCCUCGAUUCCUAUCUCUACAGCAAAGAGAGGCUGCUGCCGUGGUCGGCGAGAUACAACAUAGCGCAAGGCCUGGCCUCCGCUUUGCUGUAUCUUCACACCGAGUGGGAGCAGUGCGUGGUGCACCGGGACAUCAAGUCGAGCAACAUCAUGCUGGAUUCGUCGUUCGGCGCUAAGCUCGGCGACUUCGGGCUGGCGCGGCUCGUCGACCACGACCGCGGCUCGCAAACAACGGUUCCGGCGGGCACCUUGGGAUACCUGGCCCCUGAAUGCUUCAUCACCGGAAAGGCCAGUAAGGAGACCGACAUCUUCAGCUUCGGAGUCGUCUUACUCGAAAUCGCUUGCGGGAGAAAGUGCUUAGUCCAGACGGAGUUUCGGAGCAAAGUUAGCCUGGUUGAGUGGGUCUGGGGUCUGUACGGAAGGAAAUCGGUUCUGGAAGCAGCAGACGAGCGUCUGAACGGCAAUUUUGAAGAAGCAGAAAUGGAGAGAUUGAUGGUUGUGGGGUUAUGGUGCGCCCACCCAGAUUAUAACCGACGACCGACGAUCCAACAAGCGAUCGGUGUUUUGCGCUUCGAAAUUCCGUCGCCUGCUCUUCCUCCGAAUAUGCCGGAGCUGAUGUUCGCGCCGCCGAUGGAUCUAUCAAAUUUCAAUUACACCUCAUCGUCAUCCACUGGAGCAUCGGCUUGCGCCAUUUCUGUAUCUACUAACUCGACCGCUGCAUCUGAAUCCUCCUCAUCUCGGCUACUUAAAUAAUAGUUGAUAAAACUCAACAUUGAGCAUGUUACAAUUUGUUACCUUUCUUCUUCUUUUUUUUCUUUAAUAUGUGUUUUGAUGUUUUAGUCUUAUU